AAGAGCCGUUGUGGGUAAACUUCAAACUAAACCCGCUUCCCAAUAGUUGCCGAACAACCGAUCAUUUUAUUGGAUAGAGGAUCUGCGCAAACUCUGCAACCCGCAGCAAAAAAAAAAAAACAAACGGAAGUUUCAACGAAUCGUGUCGUUCCCUUCGUUACGGACGGGUUCUAAACGAUCUAAACGGGAAUAUCGAAGAGUGGCCAUUUUACGUGAUACUUCGUUUCCGCGAGGAGCUCUGGCUGCGAUUAUAAAAUUGUUAAAUAAACGGAUAUAAUUUUUGUUUCAUAGUACGUACAUAGGAUGUGUUUGUACCGAGAUAAUUAUUUGUGAGUGUGGGAUGAACGUGAUACCUUGAGUCAGAGACUGUGUUGGAUCGACCGUUGGAUCCCUAGAAGCGUUCCAGAAUGUCGUCAGCAAAAUCUAAGGAGAUAGCUGACGAGUAUAUCUCGUCACUAUCUGAUCUUACGAUCAACAGUAAGCCGCUUAUCAACAUGCUGACCAUGUUGGCAGAGGAUAACGUUGAACAUGCCACAGCAAUAGUCCAAGCCGUCGAGACGCACCUGCAAAAGGUCAGGAGCGACAUCAAACUUCCUGUUCUAUACCUGAUCGAUUCAAUCGUGAAGAACGUAAAUGGAGCCUACACAAACCUCUUCACCCAAAAUAUUGUCAACACAUUUUGCGGUGUAUUCGAGAAGGUGGAUGAGAGUACAAGAGCGAGCAUGUGGAAGCUACGGCAGACUUGGAACGAGGUUUUCCCAGCCAAAAAAUUGUUUUCUCUCGACGUCAGAGUGCAAAGCAUAGAUCCAGCAUGGCCAAUCACUGCAUCUCCUACAUCUAUUCCGUCUAUAUCAACUGGAUCUAUCCACGUCAAUCCCAGAUUCUUGUCAUUGUCCCAAACAACAACGCCAGCGAUCGUGCCUCCGGUUGUACCACCGGCAAAGCUGCCUGCUAGCGAUCCUGUUACGACGGGUGAGGCAGCAAUGAGAGCACAAUUGAUGAAAAAAAAGCAGGAACUAUUAGAAUUACAAAGAAAGAAGAUCGAGUUAGAAUUACUGCAAGCUACCGCAAGCUUGGAGCAACAACAGAGACAGCUUGAUAAACAAGUUACCCGCACCGAUGUGGUAGUCCCAACGCUGCACGUUGCUCAGACGAUGGAAAGUGCUGCACAAGUGAAACCUAUUGUGGCACCUAUUGUGCCUAGUCAGAUGCCAAAAAACGUCAGUAAACAGUUUCCAGCAGCAACUGCGUCUCUGCUGAAAAAUGCUGGUACUAACAACGGGCCACGGAUUGCUCCAGCGAGUAGCAUCGCUGUUGCUUCAGCGAGACCGGUAUCACGAGAUCCGCGACUGAAGCCAGCAGUUUCUGCUCCUGAUUCAGCAUCGUCAAACAUUGAUCCACGUCUCCGUGUCGCAACAGCUGGCCAGAAGGAUCCACGUCUGGAUAAUCAAUCGCUAGCACCUCCUCCACAUAACGUCACAAACACUGUACUUUCAGAGCAAUUAAAACAGCAGAUAACUUCUAAACAGGCUGUGACUAGCACUAUAAACAAGCCUUCGUCAAAUCUUGCCAGUUCCGAUACCUCGAUGAUAAAUGCUAGUAAUAACAAUAAUGGUAAUACAAACCUGAACAACAAUAACAAUAAAAAUUUCAGUGGUAACGCAAACAAAGAUGCUGUAUCGCAUCGAACCAGCCAGAAGAAAGACCCCAGAUCGUCUAGUAAUAGUAGUAGCUCUAAUAAUCUGAAUGGUAACAACUCCAAGGUCGUUCAAGGUCAAUUCUCGGGUAAUACUACCUCGUCGACCUCAUCCAUUGGUGGGAGUAGUCGGGGAAGCGGAGGUACAGGAGAUUCAAAAUCCAAAGAGAAAAGUUUCGGCACACGUCAGUCGGCGUCGUCGUUAAACGAAAAAACCUCCGCUUCCUCGAAAUCGUCUCAUAGAAAAGUAGGGAACAAAUCGCGAUCCAAACAACCUCAGGGCUCACCAAGUAAGGUGCCUAAGGUCGAGAGGGAAAAUAGUCCGCCUAGGUCUAAGUCAAAUGAGAAAGAUAGCGAGGAUAGCUCUGUAUCUAUACGUACCUCUCCCCAAUCCUCCUGUCAAGUAACGAAGAGCCGAAAAAAGAACUCCUCAAAAUCCAGGAAACGAAGUUCUAGUCCAUCCUAUAGAAUCCCAAGACGUAACGAUGCUAAAUCAAACUCAAGCUUGAGUAGCUCCGGAGGUGUGACUGAGGAGGAGCAAUCAGGUUCAUUGAUCGUAUCUCCUCCUCAUCCGCCAACUUUCAAAGAAAUCAGAUCGAGUGCUAGACAACGGAAUUACAUCAGGCGAAACAGAGGUGGCAGUUUGAGUCCAGAGAAUACGACCGUCGUGUCCGCCGCUACCCUGGUGCAACCUAGCUGUGAGCCCCUCGUGGAUCCCUCCACCAAAGAUGAGGACCUCAGGUCAACUUUGCCGCUGCCUACUCCUCCGGUUCCUGUCGGUGUACCCGAAAAGAAAGACUUGGAUCUACGGGUUCUGGCUGUUGGUGCCAGUAAGAGACAAAGUUCUGAACACAUGGAAUCCUCGACCACCAAAAAGACCAAGGCUGAAAAGUUCGAUGCGCUUUUUGGUAAUGAGGAUGUUGAUCUCCGAACACUUACUCAUCCUAGCGCAGGACGACCGCCAACGCCUCCACCUCCUAUAAUUUCAGGGGAAGAUGGUAAAGAUGGUUGGGCAAAAUUAAAAAUACCUGUACCCAAAGGACCGAGGGAAAAGCAGUCGAAUAGUUCAGAUGAGAAACGAGAAAGAGAUCGAGACCGAGAUAGACUGGGUAGACCUAGAUUGUACAGUAAAUUACCCGACGAUCCAAAAGAAAGACGCAGAACCCUGUCGACUGAAGAUAAUGACACAAGAACUACUCGCCGUGGUAGAGAUUCUGAAAAAACUGAUCGAAAUGCAGAUAGAAAUAUUGAAAUAAUCAUGAAACAAGCAGCGGAACAGCUUAAUCAAGGAUCUAUAACAAAAAUACAGUAUAAUAACCUGAUACAAGAGGUACUGCAAAUGAGCGAAGACCAAAAGCUCAGGGCAGCGGUUCGCAAGGAAAAAGAGGGCACUUCCAUUGUUUGGGAAAAAGGUGGCCACGACAUUGACAGGACACCAACUUUCAGCCCGUCGAGCGAUAACGAAGGUGGCAGAGGUAGUAAGGAUUCUAAAAUGUCUCGAAACUCAAACAGGGAAGGAAGAUGGCCAGGACCGCAGCCCUGGCAGUCUGUAGGACCAUGGUCACAUUCCGCUGGACCAUUUCCUGGACCUCAGAGUCAUUUCAAUGUAGAUUACAGACCUCUCGGACCUUGGCAGGGCCCCAGACAUUAUGGUCCUAUUAGGCCAGAUUUUAAUCAAUAUCAUGGAGGCUUCAAUCAGAGUAUUGGUCCGAAUCAACGAAUGGGGCCUGGAAUGAUAGGUUCCAUGAGUGCUAAUGGACCGAUGAUACAGAACCUUUUAGCAAAUGGCCCUAUUGGUCCAAUGAGCAUGUCUAAUGCUGCUAUGGCUUCUGGAUUGCCGAUGACAAACAUCAAUGGUCCAGCUUCUAUGAUGAUGAAUAAUGGAAGUUUACCCCCACCUAAUGUAUUGUCAAAUUCUAAUGCAGUUUCCAGUUCCAAUAUUAUGACACCUAGUGUGCCAGGCAGAAAUAUUUCUCCUAAUAUAAGUGCAAAAUAUGAUCCAAUAGAAAAUGAUAACGAUUUUGGAGGUACGCUGGUAAAGAAUCCAGGAGCACACACUCGGGAACUACCCGCACCUGAUGCUAAAAUAUUAGACCAAAUCACCAAAGAUACAAUGAAAUCUAUCAGCAUUGACGGAAUACCAAGGGAGAUCAGAUACUACGGAGAUACGGGUGUUGUAUUCAUGAAUUGGGACGAUCCUAGAGAAAUUGGAUUUCAAGAUGGUGUCAGAAGGAUCUUGAUCGACGAAAAAGAUACCGUAACAUGUGCGUUUAACGGUGAUUACAAGGAAUUCAUAUACGAGGGCGAAGUUCACAAAAUCAAACUAGGGGCUCCAACUCGGGAAUUGUGGGUCGAUGAUCGCUGGUACGAGUGUUACUUUGGGGGACCAUCUAUAAAAAUUUUCUUGAGCGGUAAAAACGUCAGCGUUGAACUAGAAGGUCCGCCGCCACAAGUUAAAAUUGGCAUCGUCAAGAGAACCGAUUUAGUCGUUGCGAAAAUAAAUCUCAUCAUUAAUGCAAGGAACAUGGUGCCUGUGUUUUUGGACGCUAAACCGCAAAUCUUUGAGAUCGAAGGAAAACCAAACACUCUGGAAUUUGCCGAUUCUUUACAAACUGUUCUGCUUAAUGGUCGCCCAUUCAAAGUCGAGUUCGGAGGGCUACCAAAACCCAUUGUGAUAAGGGACAAAAAACAUUUUAUUCGUUUCUCGGUACUACCACGAGGAAUCAGAGCGGGAUAUGUUAAAAUUUUUGGUAUGCGAGGCGAAAGCCCCAUUGAAUCUCCACCGACGCCACCUGUUCUCGAUACCAAAGCAACUGUGGACGCUUUACCGAUUGACCAACAUUAUCCCUCAAUCGAGCAAGAUUCUGGAUCGCAAGACGGAUCAGAUCUUAAUCAAACACCAAAGCCUGAUUUGCAACUCGAUAUCCUGUCUUCCGUAUUACCUUCCGCCAUGGCUCCGGCAUCCGGUUUGUCUUAUCAAGCUGAACAAGGAGAGAACACGGCAACAGCUCCAACAUUACCACUUAAUCUCAACAUGGACGAACUAUUCCAAAGAUUAGUAGCUACUGGUAUAGUACCUACUCUUAAUACGGAGCAGAAUAAAAAAGAGGAAGAAGAAAAGGAGCCGGAAAUCAUCCCUGUAUCUUUCGAUAAACCAGAAACUCUAAAAUUGAAACAACCAGCUAUGGCCGCACAACUUUAUAGUGGGAUGCAAUGCAGUUCGUGUGGUGCAAGAUUUGCUCCCGAACUUGCAACUAGAUACAGUCAUCACUUGGACUGGCAUUUUCGACAAAAUAGACGCGAAAGAGACUCUGCUAGAAAAGCACAUUCUCGUCCUUGGUACUACGAUGUCAGCGAUUGGAUCCAGUACGAGGAAAUUGAGGAUUUGGAGGAUAGAGCCCAAAGCUGGUUUGAAACUGAAAAACAAACAGCUGAAACUGAAGGAGCUGCCACGGAUGAUUCACCUCAGGAAACUGUACAGCCCAGCGUUCCAACGUCCAAUAACGAAGAUACGCAAUGCCAAGUAUGCCACGAUGCCUUUGAACAAUUUUACAAUGAGGAAAAAGAGGAAUGGCAUUUACGGCCUGCCAUCAAUUUUGAAGGAAAUAAUUAUCAUCCGCUCUGCCUGGAGGAUCAUAAGGAAAAGUCUCUUGCGCGAUCUAUGGACGAUUCUACUACGGCGAUUGACGAGACGAUUGCCGAAGUAGAGGAGGAGAAAAAAAAAAGUGAGGAUUUAGAAACGGCAGACACGGAAUCCAAACCAGAUGUAGAAGAAUCUGAUGAAAAACCUGCUAUAGCAGAAGAGCCAGUUGCGGAAUCGAAGAACAAAGAGGAACCAGAAAAGGAAAAAGCUGCUGCUAGUUUCGUAGAUAAAGAGAGUGAAAUAGAAAGUGUUGAAGCAGAAGCAGAUAAAGAGUCGGGAAAGGAUGUUGAAGCGGUUGAUCAAGAAGGAAUACCUCAUAAAAUUGAAUUCGAUGACUUUGCCGAUGUGAAAAUUAAGGAAGAACCUAUUGAUGAACACGAAAUUGAGGAUGAUGGUACACAAGAAGAAUUCAUAUUCUCCAACGUUGAAAUAAAAACUGAACCUGUCGAUCCUGAACCUGACCCGGAAGAAACUGUUGUGAAUGAACCAGCGUUAGUAGAUACAACCCAUACAGCUGUAAAAAGUUCGAUUGAUGGGAACGUUGAGCUUGAAUCGGCACCAACGUCAUUGCCAGCGGCACCGUCUCGGAUAAAAAUAAAUAUAACGAAGCCGCUGAAUGCCGCAAAGGAAACAGAUGAACCAAAAGAUAAACCCAAUCCGGAGAUCCCAGAUAUUGUGAAACCUGAACUACUGAAACCAGCAUUAGUCAAACCGAGUUUGCAAGGAAAAAAAUUGUCCACUUUACCACCUGUAGAAAAAGGUCAUGAAUUAUCUGGUCUUUGUUCCAUCAUGUAAAUAGGUAAUUGUAACUGUGAAUAUUGGUAAGGAUACGAAUUAUUAAAAUUAACAUAAUGAUCCCAGAACGACGAUGCGUCGACUCAGAUGGUGAGCCUUUGACGUAUGUCCAACUUAAUUUAAUACUAUUAUUAAACGUCUAAAUGAGUGUAUAAUAGCUGUCAUUGGUUUUUGUACAGCUUAUAUGACGUGAUCCAAGGUGUGUUCUUGUUGUUGAUAUUUUUAGUUUUCUUUUUUGUUUUCUUUAUUUUUCUUUCAUUUCUAACGAACGGUAAGUAGCCUCCAGAGACUAUUUUACAAUUCAAACAACAGUUGAUCGAGUCAGAGAAAAAAAUGGGAAAAAGCCAAAACGUAAAAAAAAAGUACUUUGUUAUAUUUGACUAAUUAAAAGUUGUCAGUUCCGCAUAUUCUUUAUAGACAUAUGAAGUUUCUUACUUCAAAGUUUGACGUUAGUCGAUGCGAGUUUUAUAAUUGUUGAUGUCAAUCGUUAGGUAAAGAUAUAUACUCAUUUUCUUAAGAAUAAUAAUCUUUUUCACUUAGCUCGAUCAAACCACUGCCAAGCCUUCCUAGAAAGGGAAUUCUGUAAUAUAUAUUGAAAAUAAAACAUCACAUAAUUUUUUACGUCAAUGAAAAUCUGAAUAAGUAAAAUAUUGAUUUCCAUUUAAGAUUAAUUUAUCAAAAUUGAUAAUUGAAAGAAACCUUCGAUCAUAUCAUACAAGUUAAAAGAUAAAUAGCUAUUGAGCAGAUUCUGAAGGAAGAAUGAAACCAUGAUACUGGUGUGUGUGUUUUCUUGUGUGUGAUUGACUGAUUGAAUAUUCAUAAAAAGGUGUGCGAGAUUUGUAUAUAUUUAUAAAAAACAUGAAAAGAAAACAAAAAAAAACUCAAUUGUAUUACAUGAUCUAAGGUAAGAUUCAAACAAUUAUUUAGCAUUCCUUAUAGAAUACCUUGUGCAUUCGGAUUUUGAUGGCAAACGAAGAGAGAGAGAAAAACACUUGUUAUGUACUUGAGCAAAACAACGAAGAGCACAAAAAUUAUGUAUCGUUUCGUACUGUUCGUAAUAUGUAAAGCUAAAAACAAAAAAUCUAAAAGGUUAAAAAAAAAAAAUAAAGGUAAGUAUUUGCGAAUAAAAAAUGGGACGGUAGAAGAAAAGCAAGAAGAAGAAAUAUGCUCAACAAACAUGAUGAAGUUGAAGGAAGAAAUCGAGGGGUACAUAAAAUAAUAUUUGGGAUAAAUAUUCAGUUAUAACAAUCAUUGUUUUUAUUACAACAAUCAUAGGAAUAGUAAUAGUAAUAAUAAUAAUAAUAAUAAUCAUAGAGUAAAAUCGAAUGAUUGGUCAAAUAGUAACGAAAUGAACGGACGAAUAUUAAAGUAAGACAUUGCGUGCGUGUUAUUUGUAAACCACACCGUGAGUUUAACAACUGUACAAAAUGUGUGAUAUAUUAAUUAUCUAUUUUAUUGUAAAUAGUAUGUGAAAAUCCGAGUAUGAUGAGAUUUUCUUCAAUGGAAGAGAGGAGAUAAAAGAAGUAAAGCAAAUAAUCGUUAUUUUGUUGUAUAAAAGGAAAAAAUGAAAAUUACUUGUUGAUCACAUUGAGGUCUAACUUUUUUUGUUUGUGCCGGUUAUUUAUCACCCUAAAUAUUCUCUACUCCUUGACGGCGCCCAAGAAAGCUUGGUAUUUUCGUUGCAUAGUGAUUCACUAAAGAAAUAAUUGUAAAAAUAGACAUGAAUCAUUUGAAUCCUAACAUUGUGUUCUGUUAAAACGUUUCUUGAUAUUCAAAUAAAAUAGAUAUACUAAAGCAGAAA